CUCGAAGUCGAAUACACCACCCGACUCACUCGAGACUUAAACCCUAGCAGCAGCAGCGGAGGCUGCUCCCAUCGACGAACGGCGCGCCGCCGAUGUGGAACGGCGCGCCGCCGAUGCCGAUGGCGGCCGCGCCUCCUCCUCCUGGCACGUCAGGCGUGGCCCCGCCCCCACCCCCACCCGCCGGUGCGCCGCCGCCGGCCGGCCAGCCGCUGACGCCGGCGGAGCUCGAGGCGCAGCUCGUGGAGAAGGCCCGCAAGUGGCACCAGCUCAACUCGAAGCGGUAUGGCGACAAGCGCAAGUUCGGCUUCGUCGAGGCGCAGAAGGAGGACAUGCCCCCCGAGCACGUCCGGAAAAUCAUAAGGGACCAUGGAGACAUGUCUUCAAAGAAGUACAGGCAUGACAAGCGUGUAUAUCUAGGAGCACUCAAAUUUGUGCCUCAUGCUGUUUACAAACUACUGGAGAAUAUGCCAAUGCCCUGGGAACAGGUUCGCCAUGUGAAGAUUUUGUACCAUAUCACUGGCGCCAUAACCUUUGUAAACGAGAUUCCAUGGGUAGUUGAACCCAUUUACUUGGCACAGUGGGGCUCAAUGUGGAUCAUGAUGCGAAGGGAGAAGAGAGAUAGGCGGCAUUUCAAAAGAAUGCGCUUUCCUCCAUUUGAUGAUGAGGAACCGCCACUGGAUUAUGCUGAUAAUUUGUUGGAUGUUGAACCACUGGAGGCUAUACAAUUGGAGUUGGACCCAGAGGAAGAUGGAGCUGUUUACAAAUGGUUUUAUGAUCACAAGCCUCUUGUGAAGACUAAACUUAUAAAUGGCCCCAGCUACAGGAAGUGGCAUCUAUCUCUUCCCAUAAUGGCAACACUUUAUCGCCUUGCUGGUCAACUUUUGUCAGACUUGAUUGAUCGGAAUUAUUUCUAUUUGUUUGACAUGGAAUCUUUCUUUACUGCCAAAGCACUUAACAUGUGUAUUCCAGGAGGUCCAAAGUUUGAGCCAUUGUACCGUGAUAUGGAGAAGGGGGAUGAGGACUGGAAUGAAUUUAAUGACAUCAAUAAACUCAUCAUCCGUCAGCCGCUUAGGACUGAAUACAGAAUUGCGUUCCCACACUUGUACAACAACAGGCCAAGGAAAGUGAAACUUUGUGUAUAUCAUACACCUAUGAUAAUGUAUAUCAAGACGGAGGAUCCAGAUUUACCUGCAUUUUAUUAUGAUCCUCUGAUCAAUCCUAUCACUUCAACCAACAAGAUAGAUCGCCGGGAUAGGAAAGCCACUGAAGAGGAAGAUGAAGAGGACUUUUGUCUCCCUACCGGUGUGGAGCCUCUUUUGAAAGAAACUCCACUCUACACUGAUACAACAGCAGCCGGCAUUUCAUUACUUUUUGCUCCAAAGCCUUUUAACAUGAGAUCCGGCAGAACACGUCGUGCUGAGGAUAUUCCUCUUGUAUCUGAGUGGUUCAAAGAGCACUGCCCACCAGCAUAUCCGGUUAAAGUCCGUGUGAGCUACCAGAAGCUGUUGAAGUGCUACGUGCUCAAUGAGCUACAUCAUAGGCCUCCUAAGGCGCAGAAGAAGAAACAUCUGUUCCGUUCACUGCAAGCAACAAAGUUCUUUCAAACUACAGAACUUGACUGGGCAGAAGCAGGGUUGCAAGUGUGCAAGCAGGGUUACAACAUGCUAAACUUGUUGAUUCACAGGAAGAAUCUUAACUAUCUUCACUUAGACUACAAUUUCAAUCUGAAGCCUGUGAAGACUCUCACAACAAAGGAGAGAAAGAAAUCUCGUUUUGGUAAUGCUUUCCACUUGUGCCGUGAGAUCUUGCGACUUACUAAGCUGGUUGUUGAUGCGAAUAUCCAAUUUCGCCUAGGAAAUGUGGACGCCUUUCAGUUGGCAGAUGGUUUGCAAUACAUAUUCUCUCAUGUCGGUCAGUUAACUGGUAUGUACAGAUACAAGUAUCGUCUGAUGCGGCAAAUUAGGAUGUGCAAAGAUCUGAAGCACUUGAUAUAUUAUCGUUUCAAUACUGGUCCUGUUGGAAAAGGACCUGGCUGUGGAUUUUGGGCUCCAAUGUGGAGAGUGUGGCUGUUUUUCCUUCGUGGUAUCGUGCCCUUGCUUGAAAGGUGGUUAGGUAAUUUGUUGGCCAGGCAGUUUGAAGGUCGCCAUUCAAAAGGAGUUGCUAAAACAGUAACCAAGCAACGUGUCGAGUCACACUUUGAUCUGGAACUUCGAGCUGCAGUUAUGCAUGAUGUUCUUGAUGCUAUGCCAGAGGGCAUAAAGCAAAAUAAGGCCCGGACUAUACUGCAGCAUCUUAGUGAGGCAUGGCGCUGCUGGAAGGCAAAUAUCCCAUGGAAGGUCCCUGGCCUGCCAGUUCCUAUUGAGAACAUGAUACUUCGUUAUGUGAAGUCCAAGGCUGAUUGGUGGACAAAUGUCGCUCACUACAAUCGUGAGCGUAUCCGUCGUGGUGCUACAGUUGACAAGACUGUGUGCCGCAAGAAUCUUGGAAGAUUGACUCGUCUGUGGCUGAAAGCAGAGCAAGAGAGGCAGCACAAUUACUUGAAAGAUGGGCCAUAUGUGACACCUGAAGAAGCAGUUGCAAUUUAUACAACAACAGUUCAUUGGCUGGAAUCAAGAAAGUUCUCACCGAUUCCUUUUCCUCCACUCUCAUACAAGCAUGAUACCAAGCUUCUUAUACUGGCACUGGAAAGGCUGAAGGAAUCUUAUAGUGUGGCAGUAAGGUUAAAUCAACUGCAAAGAGAGGAACUGGGUUUAAUUGAACAAGCAUAUGAUAAUCCACAUGAAGCAUUGUCAAGGAUAAAACGUCAUCUUCUUACUCAGCGUGCUUUCAAAGAAGUUGGCAUUGAAUUUAUGGACCUGUAUAGCUACUUGAUCCCGGUAUAUGAAAUUGAGCCUCUCGAGAAGAUUACUGAUGCUUACCUUGACCAGUACUUGUGGUACGAGGGAGACAAGCGGCACCUCUUCCCAAAUUGGGUCAAGCCUGCUGAUUCAGAACCACCUCCUCUGCUUGUGUACAAAUGGUGCCAAGGUUUAAACAAUUUGCAGGACAUAUGGGACACAAGUGAUGGGCAGUGUGUCGUGAUGUUGCAGACAAAGUUUGAGAAGUUUUUUGAAAAAAUUGAUCUGACUCUUUUGAACAGACUUCUGCGGUUGGUCUUGGACCAUAACAUUGCUGAUUAUGUCACUGCAAAGAAUAAUGUUGUGUUGUCUUACAAGGAUAUGAGCCACACAAACUCUUAUGGUCUUAUUCGAGGUCUUCAGUUUGCAUCUUUUGUUGUGCAAUACUAUGGCCUGGUGCUGGAUCUCCUUCUUCUUGGUUUAACACGGGCUAGUGAGAUUGCUGGACCGCCUCAGAUGCCAAAUGAGUUCCUGACGUAUACUGACGCCAAAGUUGAGACCAGGCAUCCCAUCAGGCUGUAUUCUCGAUAUAUUGACAAGGUGCAUAUAAUGUUCCGGUUCACUCAUGAAGAAGCACGGGAUCUAAUUCAGCGUUACUUGACAGAGCAUCCUGAUCCCAACAAUGAGAACAUGGUUGGUUACAAUAACAAGAAAUGUUGGCCUAGAGAUGCAAGAAUGAGGCUCAUGAAGCAUGAUGUGAAUCUUGGAAGAAGUGUCUUUUGGGAUAUGAAGAACCGCCUCCCAAGGAGCAUUACAACAUUAGAAUGGGAGAAUAGCUUUGUCUCUGUGUACAGCAAGGAUAACCCAAACCUGCUCUUUAGCAUGUCCGGAUUCGAGGUUCGUAUACUGCCGAAGAUCCGUAUGACACAAGAGGCAUUCAGCAACACAAAAGAUGGAGUAUGGAAUCUGCAGAACGAGCAGACAAAAGAAAGGACAGCUAUUGCAUUUCUGAGGGUUGACGAUGAACACAUGAAAGUGUUUGAGAACCGAGUUAGGCAAAUCCUUAUGUCAUCAGGGUCAACAACAUUUACCAAGAUUGUCAACAAGUGGAACACCGCUCUCAUUGGCCUCAUGACAUAUUUCCGUGAAGCAACUGUUCAUACACAAGAACUCUUGGAUUUGCUUGUAAAAUGUGAAAACAAGAUUCAAACCCGCAUAAAGAUUGGCCUGAACUCGAAAAUGCCUAGCAGGUUUCCACCAGUUAUCUUUUAUACACCCAAGGAAAUUGGAGGUCUGGGUAUGUUGUCGAUGGGUCACAUUCUGAUACCACAGAGUGAUCUCAGGUAUAGCAAGCAGACGGAUGUUGGUGUCACACAUUUUCGAAGUGGUAUGAGUCAUGAAGAGGACCAGCUUAUCCCUAACUUGUACCGCUACAUCCAACCAUGGGAGAGUGAGUUCAUUGAUUCGCAGCGUGUUUGGGCUGAGUAUGCCUUGAAGAGGCAGGAAGCUCAAUCACAGAACAGGCGCUUAACACUUGAGGACCUGGAAGAUUCAUGGGAUAGAGGUAUCCCUCGUAUCAACACUCUAUUCCAAAAGGACCGUCACACUUUGGCAUACGACAAAGGAUGGCGGGUGAGAACAGACUUUAAGCAGUAUCAGGUGCUGAAGCAAAACCCAUUCUGGUGGACGCAUCAGCGGCAUGAUGGAAAGCUAUGGAACUUGAACAACUAUAGAACUGAUGUCAUCCAAGCACUAGGUGGUGUAGAGGGUAUCCUGGAGCAUACCUUAUUUAAAGGAACAUAUUUCCCUACCUGGGAGGGUCUGUUUUGGGAAAAGGCAUCAGGUUUUGAGGAGUCCAUGAAAUACAAAAAGCUGACAAAUGCACAGCGUUCUGGGCUCAAUCAAAUUCCCAAUAGAAGAUUUACCCUUUGGUGGUCUCCAACCAUCAAUCGUGCAAACGUUUAUGUUGGUUUCCAGGUUCAGCUUGAUCUGACAGGGAUAUUCAUGCAUGGUAAAAUCCCAACCCUGAAAAUCUCUCUGAUCCAGAUUUUCCGUGCACAUCUUUGGCAGAAGAUCCAUGAAAGUGUUGUGAUGGAUCUUUGCCAAGUUUUGGAUCAAGAGUUGGAUGCUUUGGAGAUUGAGACAGUGCAGAAAGAGACAAUACAUCCCAGGAAGAGUUACAAGAUGAACAGUUCCUGUGCAGAUGUCCUCCUUUUUGCUGCACAUAGGUGGCAAAUGUCCAAACCAAGCCUUGUUUCUGAGUCAAAGGACGUCUUUGAUCAGAAAGCAAGUAACAAGUAUUGGAUUGAUGUGCAACUACGCUGGGGAGACUAUGAUUCACACGACAUAGAACGUUACACAAGGGCUAAGUUUAUGGACUAUACGACAGAUAAUAUGUCCAUCUACCCUUCUCCAACUGGGGUGAUGAUUGGACUUGAUCUAGCAUAUAAUUUGCACUCUGCUUUUGGCAACUGGUUCCCUGGUUCGAAGCCUCUCCUCCAGCAAGCAAUGAACAAGAUCAUGAAGUCAAAUCCUGCUCUAUAUGUGCUGAGGGAGAGAAUAAGGAAAGGUCUCCAGUUGUAUUCAUCUGAACCUACUGAGCCAUAUCUGUCUUCACAGAACUAUGGAGAGAUAUUCAGCAAUCAAAUCAUAUGGUUUGUGGAUGACACAAAUGUUUAUCGAGUUACCAUUCAUAAAACCUUUGAGGGUAAUCUGACCACCAAACCAAUCAAUGGUGCUAUUUUUAUUUUCAAUCCAAGAACCGGUCAACUAUUUCUGAAGGUCAUCCAUACAAGUGUAUGGGCAGGGCAAAAGCGUCUCGGUCAGCUGGCCAAGUGGAAAACAGCUGAGGAAGUUGCUGCAUUGGUUCGAUCUCUUCCUGUGGAGGAGCAGCCAAAGCAAAUUAUUGUGACAAGGAAGGGUAUGUUGGAUCCGUUGGAAGUCCAUCUGCUUGACUUUCCGAACAUUGUUAUCAAGGGUAGUGAGUUGCAGUUGCCAUUCCAAGCUUGCUUGAAGAUUGAGAAGUUUGGGGAUCUUAUUCUCAAGGCUACAGAACCACAGAUGGUUCUUUACAACAUAUACGAUGAUUGGUUGAAAAGUAUCUCAUCAUACACUGCAUUCUCUCGUCUUGUACUUAUAUUGAGGGCACUACAUGUCAAUAAUGAGAAGGCUAAGAUGUUGCUGAAGCCUGACAAGACAAUUGUUACGGAACCACAUCAUAUCUGGCCAACAUUGAAUGAUGAGCAGUGGUUGAAGGUUGAAUGUGCGCUCCGGGAUCUCAUUCUCUCUGAUUAUGCAAAGAAAAACAACGUUAAUACUUCUGCGCUUACACAAUCUGAGAUUCGUGAUAUAAUACUUGGUGCUGAAAUUGCUCCACCAUCACAGCAGAGGCAACAAAUAGCUGAGAUUGAAAAACAGUCCCGGGAGACUACUCAGUUAACUGCGGUUACAACAAGGACAACUAAUGUGCAUGGAGAUGAGCUCAUCAUAACAACAACCAGCCCCUAUGAGCAGGCAGCAUUUGCAUCAAAGACAGAUUGGCGCGUCAGGGCUAUCUCUGCUACAAACUUAUAUCUCCGUGUCAACCACAUUUAUGUUAACUCAGAUGAUAUAAAGGAGACUGGCUACACUUACAUUAUGCCAAAGAAUAUAUUGAAGAAGUUCAUAUGUAUAGCUGAUCUACGGACACAGGUUGCAGGUUUCCUGUAUGGACUGAGCCCGCAGGAUAAUCCCCAAGUCAAGGAGAUCAGAUGCAUAUCGAUCCCCCCGCAACAUGGGACUCACCAGAUGGUUACUUUGCCAGCUAAUCUUCCUGAGCAUGAGUUCCUUGCCGACUUGGAGCCCUUGGGAUGGAUGCAUACCCAACCAAAUGAAGCUCCCCAACUAUCACCUCAGGAUUUGACAUCACAUGCAAAGAUUUUGGAGAACAACAAGCAGUGGGAUGGUGAGAAGUGCAUCAUUUUGACAUGCAGUUUCACCCCAGGAUCGUGCUCGCUGACCGCAUACAAAUUGACGCCAAGCGGUUACGAAUGGGGCCGUAGCAACAAGGACAAUGGGAGCAACCCCCAUGGAUAUCUCCCAACACACUACGAGAAGGUCCAGAUGCUUCUCAGCGACCGCUUCCUUGGUUUCUACAUGGUUCCGGAUAAUGCUCCUUGGAACUACAACUUCAUGGGAGUCAAGCAUGACCCGCUGAUGAAGUACAGCAUGAAGCUGGGGACGCCCCGUGACUUCUACCACGAGGACCACAGACCGACACACUUCCUGGAGUUCAGCAACAUCGACGAGGGUGAGGUUGCCGAGGGGGACAGGGAGGACACCUUCUCGUAGGCUCGUAGCCACAGUAGCACGCCCUCUGCCCUACGUUAACAUACUGAAACUUGCAAUGAUCUCCCCUCCAUUUUGAAUAGGGACCUGUAACCUCGACGCGAGACGCAGUAUGAUGUUUGCCUGUCUCUUAAUAUCUGUAUAAACCUGGAGUCGACGUGGCACACACACCUUCUGUUGUAGCCUUGCCCUUCAUGUGGGGUACUGUAUAAGUACACAAGAUUUUGCUUUGCAGCUAUGCUACUCGGCUACUGUAGUUUGUACAAUGAUAUCUGGUAAUUUUUGCUAGAAUAGUCCAAUUUAUGCUCUUUCAGUA